UCAUUGUCACUUCUGUCGAAAACGGCCGAAAAAGCAAGCCAAGUCCGCAAAUCUCUCACAUUCUCCGAACAAUUAUUAGGUACCUAAAUCAAUCAAACAAACCAAAUCAUUAUCUCGCGACACACUAUCAACUACACUAUUAACGAAUUAAUUUAUUAUAUAAAAUAUGGCUCUUCCUAUAGUUUCUAUUACUAGGCGUGAAACAUUUAGCUCCUGUCACAGAUUGCACAGUCCCUUUUUGAGUGAUGAAGACAAUAAAAAAUUGUAUGGAAAAUGCAACAAUCCAAAUGGUCAUGGGCAUAACUAUGUUGUUUUAGUGACAGUAAAAGGGCCAGUAGAUGCCCAUACUGGCAUGGUGAUGAAUGUACAUGAUCUGAAGCAGUACAUGCAGCAGGCAAUCAUGGAGCCACUGGACCAUAAAAACUUAGAUCAGGAUGUUCCAUACUUCAAAGCAGUUGUAAGUACAACUGAGAAUCUGGCUAUAUUCAUAUGGGACCAACUUCAGAAAGUUAUGGAAAAACCACAGCUGUUACAUGAAGUUAAGAUACUGGAGACUGAGAAAAACCAUGUAGUCUACAGAGGGGGCAGCACUUAUCCUAGAAAGAAGCCUGAUAACUCUAGCCUUCACCCAAACAACUGCAAUGUCUCCUCAGACUCCGACUGAAUUAUAAAUCAGGUUAUUUUGAUAUAUGGAAGUUUUUUCUAUUUUUUUAAAUAUUGUUACUGUUAAUGUUAAUAUUCCAUUAGUAUGUAAGAGCAAAUAUAUAUUUUAAGCUUAUUUGUAUUAAAGCAGUCCACAAAAAAAAA